ACCGGGGGCUGGGAGGGUGGGGGGGGGCCCCGCGGCGCUGCCAGACCGACCCCUGCCCAUCGCUCUUAAGGAACUCUCAUGGCUUCACGGCUGCAGACAAGUUGCCGUGCAUCGUGGUGGACUAUCGGAGUUUGCAUCCUGGCAGCCGCGCUCCUACCAGGGCUGCACGCUCAGGCUGUCCUGGUCAAUGACUCCGUCUCGGGGUUCAUCGGCACGGACGUGGUGCUGCACUGCAGCUUCACCAACCCGCUGCCCAGCGUGAAGAUCACCCAGGUGACGUGGCAGAAGGUCACCAACGGCACCAAGCAGAAUGUGGCCAUCUACAACCCUGCCAUGGGCGUGUCCAUCCUGUCCCCCUACAAGGAGCGGGUGACCUUCCGCAACCCUUCCUUCAAGGAUGGCACCAUCCAGCUGUCCCGGCUGGAGCUGGAGGAUGAGGGGGUUUACAUCUGUGAGUUUGCCACUUUCCCAACCGGCAACCGGGAAGGGCAGCUGAACCUCACCGUGCUGGCCAAGCCCAGGAACUGGAUGGAGGGCACCAAGAGGCCACUAAUUGCCAAGUCUGGCAGGACAGAAAAGAUCUUGGUAGCCACCUGCACCUCCUCCAACGGGAAACCCCCGAGCACCGUCAGCUGGGACACGAAGCUGAAGGGGGAAGCGGAGUUCCAGGAGAUCCGGAACAGCAACGGCACCGUCACGGUGAUCAGCCGGUACCGGCUGGUGCCGAGCCGCGAGGCGCACCGCCAGCAGCUCGUGUGCGUGGUCAACUACCAGCUGGAGAGGUUCACCGACAGCAUCACCCUCAACGUGCAGUACGAGCCAGAAGUCACCAUCGAGGGCUUUGAUGGCAACUGGUUCCUGAACCGCAAGGAUGUGAAGCUGAUCUGCAAAUCUGAUGCCAACCCCCCAGCUCACACCUACGAGUGGAAGCUGCCCAACGGGACCCUGCCAGGGAGCGUGGAAAUCCAGAACAACACCAUCUACUUCAAAGGGCCCGUGUCCUACAGCGUGGCUGGCACCUACGUCUGCGAGGCCACCAACGCCAUCGGGACCCGCUCGGGCUUGGUGGAGGUCAAUGUCACAGAAUUUCCCUACACCCCGUCUCCAAUCGAUGAUCACAAAUCCAUGGUGCAGCCGAACAUCCCCACACCGGUGAUUGGGGGCAUAGUGGGAGGCGUCUCGCUGGUCCUGCUGGUGGCCGUGGUGCUCUUUGUGGUACUCCGGCGCCGGCGUCACACCUUCAAGGGUGACUACAGCACAAAGAAGCACGUGUACGGCAACGGCUACAGCAAGGCUGGCAUCCCACAGCACCACCCCCCCAUGGCCCAGAACCUGCAGUACCCCGACGACUCGGACGACGAGAAGAAGCCGGGCCCCUUGGGCGGCAGCACCUACGAGGACGAGGAUGAGGAUGCAGGAGGCGAGCGCAAGCUGGGCGGCCCCAAAGCCUACGAGGAGGAUGCCAAGAGGCCUUACUUCACCGUCGACGAGGGCGAGGCCCGCCCCGCACCUUACGACGAGAGGACACUCGGCUUCCAGUACGACCCCGAGCAGCUCGACCUGGCCGACAACAUGGUGUCGCAGAACGACGGGUCUUUUAUUUCCAAAAAGGAGUGGUACGUGUAGCUCCACGCCCCCCCUGCUACACUCACACUCACACUCGCACUCACACACGCUCACAACCGCGCUCACGAGCGAUGCCCUCCCUCCCCUGCAUCCCUCCGAGCACACCCACGCACGCCCCGGCCCCGCACAGACUUUUUGGAUGCUGGGGGCCAGCAAAGCGGGGAGGGAGGGCGGCUUUGCUUACGGAUCAUUUUUUGGGGAGGGGAGGGGGUGGGGCUCGUGCGGGAGGGCGGGAGGUCGGGUAAUUAUUUUCUCUCUCGGUUUUGGUUUGGCUUUUUAAUUUCCCUCUCUUCGACGACUUUCGUCCCCUUCUGUGGUGUUUGUAUUGGUCGGUGGCUUAGGUGUUACUCUUUGCUUUAACGACUGUUGCCCAGCCUGUAUAUUACACUCUGUUUGUGUCUUCAUGUCUCAGAGUGCCCUUCCCUCCCCGAGCCUUCCUCCUCCCACUCCCACCCCCCUGAAACACUGGAAAUUUGUUUGUAUGUUGUCUUCUUUGUUUGUUUUUUUAACCUUGGGAGGGGGGGGCAGGUGGGCUGUCCGUAGGACAGAGGCCAGGAGAGUUUUAUGGCAAUGGAAACAUAGGUGCCAUUUUCAGGUGAAUGGAUUUUUGGGGUUUUUUUCCCCCUAAUUACUUUUUUUUUUUUUAUCAAUGGGGUCUGGGUGACAUUCCCAUUGCCUGCUGCACACCUGGAGAGAACCACAUGCAGUUUUUAAUGACUCAAUAAAAGGAAAAUGAGGAGAAAAGAGGGGGGAAAAAGCCCUGGACCAAACCCCAGGUGCAGGGGCUGAUAGCAGAGCAGGGAAACAAAACUGCCAUUUUCCUCCUACAAUUUAUUAUCUCCUGGCUUUCCAUUUUUCUGUCUUUGUUUGAGUGUUCUUUUAAAUGAAAGAAAAGGAGUAUUUAUUGCUGACACUUUUCCCCCCGUGAUGGCUCAGAGAAAGGCUGGCUCCUUUUGUUCUUGUCGCUGUUGUUGUCGCUGGUACCAGCCACAGAGCAGUUCACUGGGGCACAUCCACUGGGGAAGGGACCAACUGAGGACACUUUGCUUCCACACAUCCACUGCCUUCAGCUCUGUCCUGCACACCCAGGCAGGGCAGGACCAGCCCCUGAGUUUUAUUUUAUUAUACCACUAAGACUUAAUCGUCAUGUGUUUACACUUUAUUUUUUAUUUUGGUCAGAGCACGGGGGUGCUUCUCUCUCUUUCUCUCUCUCUCUCUCUCUCUCUCUCCUAGCAACAACCCCAGCCCGUGGCUGCACCACGUAGGUGGCAUUGAUUGCCACUUUUCCAAUAUCACAUCCCUCUCCUGAGCACAGGCUUGGCAGACAGGGUAGGAGGGAUUGAGCCUGGGGUAUUGAUCUUUCCCUCCUUGCCUUGAGCCACGGCGUUGUGCUGGGGAGGUUUGGAUUGCUGCUAUCUCUGCUCUGUGAAUAAAUGGGAUUCCAGACUUCAGGGCCCUCUGUCUCACACCGACCAUCUCCAAAUUAGAUUCAUUGGGUUGGGGCUUAUUUUUCUUCUUGUGGGUUAUAUUAAUUUUUUUUUUUUUAAUUUGAUGUAUAAAUAAAUCUUUUGUUUGAAAAGAAAUCCCCAGUUUUCUGAGCUGUAUUAUCAUGCACAUCUAAAAAUAGCAGGACUAAUUCUCCUCCUGCCUUACCCGCUGGGUUUUGUUCCACAGCGGUUAUCCUGCUGCAAAAAGGGAGGAGGCUGGAGAGGCAGAGCCACACAGAUGAGUCAAGGGCAGAUCUCUGAUCCAGGCAGCUCCAAAGCUUUCCUUUGCCACGGGCUGCUCGGUGCCGGGCACAGCCCCAGCCAUCCCCGUGUGCUGUGAUUGCAUUAGUGGGGUAGGAAAACGGGCAAAUCCAAUUGUUGGCCUGUAAUGUCUCUGCUGUUCCUGCCAGCCCCUCGGGCUUCCUGGCUCCUGGCAUGGCACAGGAAGCACACAGGCAGCUCUGUGUCCUCUCAGAGCCAGGGCAGGCAGAGAUUCCCUGGGGAUCCCUCAGCCUGAGCCCUCCACUGCCACCAGGAGCAGCCUGCUAGCAGGAAAGCCCCCAAUAAAGGAAAUAAAACCUCUUAGCAGCUCUCCAAUUCUCUGAUUAGUGAUGAUUAGGGGUGGGAAUGACUUCCCUCCAGUGCCUCGUGAGAGCAGCACACGCAGGGCUUUGAUUCCCCCAGAGGGAGAGCCUGUAAUCUGGCUCAGUGUGUGGUGCAGGGAGAAUUCCCAGCAAAGUCCAUCUCUGGAGUGAAUAAUCCUGCAGAUCUGAGCCCUGGAGCCAGGCUCGGAGCAGGAUGGUGACAGUGCCUCCAGCACCAAGCCCUGGGCAGGCAUCAGCGGGCACUGAGAGAGAGCAGUGGCACAGACCCUGCCCUGCAGAUGUCCCCGUCAGGGGGUGGCUGUGGAAGAAAACAAUCUUUUGUCAACCCUGCAGGGUCCAGCAGUGAUUCUGCACGUUGAGGCCACUGCUCGGGUCUGGCCAGUUCCCACCACACUGACCCCACAGCUCUGUGUCCUAAAGAACAAAAGUGCAAAGUGGGGCUGAAGGGCCUGGGAGAGGUCAGGGCUCCAAGGCUGCUCCCAAGUUCAGGGAUGACCAAAGGAACCCUAGGAAAUUGCUUUGGGAGUUGUUAGCUUGCCUUUGAGGGGGUCAUUUUUGGUGCUGUAGCCUCCUUGGUUUAUUUAUUGCCCAUUCACACACUGUCCACUGAGUGAGGCCUCAAAAACCCAGUGGCACCCAGGGAAAUGAAAUGAGAGAGUGGAGCAAUGUGGAAUUUCCAAGCUAGAGCCUGCACACAAUUCCCUCCCUGCUGCAGCACUUUUUCCUGCCCUUUUUGCACCAGCCAAAA